AAAGAUUAAAAAAACUAAGAAAAAAGGGGGAGAGAAAGAAAUUGGAUGCUUGCUGUUGAGGGAAGCAGCAAAAUCCAAGGACAACAAAGGUUUUGGGUAUUAUUCUUUCCACUCUAUAAUUGUUAGUGUUUUUUAAUAGGCAGAGGAAAAGAAUUUGUGAGGAGAGAGAAUAACGGAACAAAAUUUUCAUUUUAUUUUAAUUUGAUUGCGUUUGUUGCAACCGUUGGAUCACUCUAGUUUUCGAUCUGUACUUUGGUCGCUCGGACAUAGCCAUGAAUGCUAUAGAUCCGAGUGUCUGAUACAACAUUCGUCGCAUUGUAAUUGGCAUUUAAGCUCUGUUUUAUCUUCCAACUUGGGAUCUUAAGCGCACUCUUCCACAUUCCACACUCUCUUUCAAGCAAUUUUUUGACUUGGGAAUUUGGUUUGAGCUUAAUUAUGGGUUGCUUGUUGGGGUGUAGAAGUUUUUUUGUUUUGGCUUGUGUGGAGAGGUUGGGGUGGUGACACUCGUGUGACACUGCAUUUGGUUGUGGAGAUGCCGCCUUCCCCGGCAUUGAGAUACUCUCCCGGGAGAGAGCCGAGAGCUGAUGGUCACAAGCGGGGGCGCAGUCUUGAAAGUGGAUUGCUUUUCCGGGAGAAGGAUGAUGAUCUUGCUUUGUUCAAUGAAAUGCAAACCAGAGAGAAGGAUAGUUUUUUGCUUCAGGCGUCUGAUGACUUGGAAGAAUCGUUCUCUACAAAGUUGAGACAUAUUUCUGAUGUCAAGCUUGGAAUCUCCAUUCCUGGUCGAGGAGAAACCAGUGACUUGCUUAAUGAUGGUGAAAAGAAUGAUUACGACUGGUUAUUGACACCCCCAGACACACCACUGUUUCCUUCGUUAGAUGAUGAGCCAUCAAUGACUAGUUUUGCAAGCAGAGGAAGGCCUCAGAGUAAACCCAUUUCCAUAUCAAGAUCCUCUACGAUGGAUAAAAGUUACCGAAGCAGUAGGGGUAGUGCAAGUCCAAAUCGUUUAAGUCCAUCCCCUCGAUCAGGAACUAAUACAUUGCAAUCAAGGGGAAGGCCUUCGUCGGUGCCAAAUUCCAGUCCAACCCCAAGUGUACGGUAUGCCACUCCAUCUAGAAGACCAUCUCCACCUCCAAGUAAGCCCAUGACACCUGCUUCCAAGUAUUCCACUUAUACUCCCCGAAGGAUGAGCACUGGCUCCAGUGGUUCUGUUGUCUCAUCAGGAGUUAGGGGAACUUCCCCAGUUAAAGGAGUUAGGGGAACUUCCCCAGUGAAGACAAAUCGUGGAAAUUCUACGUCACCAAAGAUAAGGGCAUGGCAAACUAAUAUUCCUGGCUUUUCUUCUGAAGCUCCUCCCAAUCUUCGUACUUCAUUGGCUGAUCGACCAGCAUCAUAUGUGAGGGGUUCAUCUCCUGCAUCCAGAAAUGGUAGGGACUCUACAUCCAAAGUCAGUAGGCAAUCAAUGUCUCCAACUGCUUCUAGGAGUAGUAGCUCUUUUCAUAGUCAUGAUCGAGACCAAUUGAGCUCACGCAGCAAAGGUUCUAUUGCAUCAUCCGGUGAUGAUGAUCUAGACUCUCUGCAAUCCAUGACAGCGGGUAGCUUAGACAGAUUGAGCUCAAGAAGGGGUGGUUCAUUUUCAACCAACAAAACUCCUGCUAUUUCCAAGAAAUCAGCCAGGAUUGUGUCCCCAAGUUCUGCUCCUAAAAGAUCAUUUGAUUCAGCUAUCCGGCAAAUGGAUAGAAAAACUCCUCAGAACAUGUUCAGGCCACUUUUAUCCAGUGUUCCGAGUACAACUUUUUAUGCUGGAAAAGCAAAUUCUGCACAUCGUUCCCUUGUAUCUAGGAAUUCAUCUGUUACAACAAGCAGCAAUGCAAGCUCUGAUCAAGGAACAACCUUUGCACUGGAUACUGAAGGGAGUGAGCAUAAUCAAGAUGAUAUGGCAAGUGAAGCUGAUAGGAUAUUAUAUCCUGAUAUACAUGAAGAAGUGUUUGCAUUUGAUAAGAUUGAUGCAUUAAAUGCAAAAAUUGAGCAAGAGAUUAAUAGGGAAUCAGUGGAUAUCCUGCAUAAUCAAACCAGAGACCCCAAGCCUGUAUUUAGUCUAAUUGAAUCUGAGGGUUCUAUUUCCCACAUUCAUAUUGACACUAGAGUCAAUGAAAGUUCAGAAAUUACACAUGUCAGAGGUGACAUUUCUGAAACUGGCAAUUUUGAAAAUACAGCACUCUGUUCUCAUUGUGGUUGUUCUUUUGAGGUCACUAGUCAAGCUGAGAAGAAUAUUGGGCUUUGUCCAGAAUGCAGCAGGAAAACCACAUUGUUGAGGGUCACCAUCCCUGAGACAACUUUGGCAGCAUCUGAAGACCCUUCAUUGAUUACAACAGACAUCCCUAAAGAAGAAAAAUCACUAUCUAAAACAAACCAACUAAUGGUUGCCAUUGCAUCUGAACUGCCUGAAGAGACAAAUGUGGGUGACUUGAGGUUUCCUGGUGAACAGGAUGCUGAGGAAAGUCAAACUUCAUGUAGUGAACUAAACCAGGAUCACUCACAAAACAGUUCUCUUCCAAAUUCAUUGGCGGAGGUAGGUAGGCAGACAUCUGACAACCGGCUAGAGAUGAACCAAUCUGGAGUUGAUUACAUGAAUCCUGAUAGUGAAUAUGGGGAUCAGCAUCACUGCAGUGAUCGCCCUAAUUUGAACAUGGACCCCCUGGAUGGCACUGGCAUUUCUGUAUUGCUGAAAAGGUCUAGCAGCAAUAAAGGACCUGUAUUUCAGGGCAGGACUUUUACUGCCACAACCAUAUCUUACGAUGAUCUUUCUCUUGCAAGAGACAGUAUUAACAGUUUUAGAAGCUUAAUGAGACCUGGUAGUUAUUCCGCUUCAUCAUCAAUUGAUCUCAGCUCAACUAGGCAAACAGAGUUUCGUGUGCAAAGGCAGCUGAGUGGCAGGAAGUUGGAUGUGGACUCUGGAUAUGACUUGAGGAUCAAGCCUCCAAGCACUGCUUCAUCUUUCUCUGGAGCUUCAAACCAUUCUCGCCAUGAUUUAGGUCUUAUAACUCGAGAGACUGUUGGCAGUACAGAAGGUGGCUUUGUAGAAGAGGUGCCCCGAGUUUUGCAAGAAAUCCAAGCUUUGGGAAAUACAGUGACAGACAUAAUCGAUGCUUCUUCCAUCAAUUUAGUUGUUGAGGAAGAUAAAUUUGAAUAUGAUGAUAGUAGUAGAGUAAAUAAUGCUUGCAGCUCAGAAUUUUUGAGUCAGGCUGCUGCUGUUCAGUCUGAUGACAAUUUAGUCACAUCAUUUCCAAAUCAUGGGGAUUGUAUUUCACAUGAAAUUGUUGAUGAUCAUCCAAAUAAUGCUGGGGAUGUCUCAGACACAGAAACAUCAGCUAAGGAUCCAGAGUUAUCUAGUCAUGAGAAACAUGAUGUGCAGUGUUUAAAUGUUAAUAACGAACUGGAUGCUUUGGUUACAACCAACUGUUCCACAAUUACAGAAUCAGAAAUAGAAGGGGAAAACUAUUGUGAGAAUAAAAGCAUCCUUGAUGACUUUCGGGAACCUUCUGCCCAAAAUCCUUCCAACGAUUGUCACGCUGCUUCUGUUUCAGAGUUCAAUGUCUCUGAGUCCCAUGGCAUUGAGGAAUCAACAGUUACAGUGGAGUGUCAAGGUGCACGCAGCACUAGAAGCCUGACAUUUGAAGAGGCAACAGAUACAAUCCUUUUUUGCAGUUCCAUCGUCCAUGAUCUUGCUUAUAAGGCUGCAACAAUAGCGAUGGAAAAGGAAUGUUCUGACCCAUUUGAACGUUCUGAACCAACAGUGACCUUAUUGGGGAAAGCCAAUUCUGACAGAAAGGAUAGUCGUGGCCGACCUCUCAGCAGGCGCACUUUGAAAUCCCAGAAGGCCAAGACCAAACAGAGGAGGGUGGAAACUGAUGUCAAAACCCCUUCUGGCAAGACUGAGAAUGAUGAAAAUAUUGAUGAGUCUUUCACACAAAAUGUUGGGCUUCCUAACAAGGUAGAUAGUAUGAGGCCCCAAAAGCUUGAAUCAAAGUGCAAUUGCAUCAUAAUGUGAGAGAUCAAUGUUCAGGUUGUGCUUACAAUUCCUGGCAGCAUUUCUGCAAUCCCUUUGGCACAUACAUGGGAUCUAAGCCAAGUGCUUGCACAUUUAUGGUUUUAGGUUGAAGGCUGUUUGGAAUAAUAAGUUAAUAACCAUUACCAAUUGGUUUGUGUUGGUUCCACUAUAUUUUGUAACACAUGCCACGUUGUGUUUGACAUAAUUGUAAAGUUAUUUUUUCUCCUCCUUAUUUUUGUUGGUAAGCCAUAAGUUAAGGCAUUUUGGAGGACUGUGAUGUGCCCCCUCCACUUGCUGCAUUCUUGCUUGUUAUUUUUAUCUCAAUUAAGUGAUCCAUUAAAGGAAGUGUGAUGUAGAAAAUCAUUCAUAUUCAUUACAUUGUUGCUAGUCAAUUCCUUUUCCUUUUGACUCGAGUGAGUGAACAAAUAUACACGUGCAGCACGUCAAUGAACA